AUCACAGCCGUGUCGUCGAAAGUCAGCGGAAACUGGGUGCUGAAGGUCAAGGUCUCAAAGGCAAAGCAUCUGGUGUGCGAUGAGAUCUUCGGCUUCUUCACAGGCUCGCACUUCAGAGUCGGCUUCUUCCCGGCCCCCAUUGGAGGCACCAAGACCUUCACCUUUCCGAUUGCUGCGUUGACAGAGAGCCAAGUAUGGGAUGUGGAGACCCUGGGCAUCAGGGUUUUCACCUUCCAGGAUAAUCCACUGGUAACGGUCCGCAACAUUCUGGAAACUGCGCUGCUCUUUGCGCCGGAUCGCACUCGAGGCGUGCAAUCCUCCUUCGCCGAGCGAAAUGCGGACUUCAUGCGCAACUACAUCGGCGCAACCUUGAAACCCCGCAAGGAUCCGGGAGGGCUUCUGCUCAAUUCCUCGGAUAUCCGCUCCGGAGAUUUCAUCGGGGUGCUGCGACUGGACGGUCUGGAUCCCAUGUUGGCUUGGGGCAUGGGCUCUCACACGGGACACACGGCGAUUGCCAUCUGGGAGCAUGGGGAGCUGUACGUGGCGGAGAGCACCGUCAACAGUUCCUACUGGCCAACAAAUGGUAUCCAGCGCACGCCAUACCAGAAAUGGAUUGAGCAGGCGCGAGCUGCAGGUUAUUCCACCGUGCAUGCGCCACUGAAGGAGGAGUAUCGCUCCACCUUCGAUGAGAGUGGGGCCAAUGCUUUCUUCCACAAGUAUGAAGGCCUGGAGUACGGGUAUCACGCGAUGCUGACUGGAUGGAUCGACACUCUCCACAACAACUACCCGUGCAAGCCGCCCUACGACGCUCCGCAAGAUCAAAAGCAGUGUCUGACCUGGGAGUUCAUUGAGGUGGCGGUCCCCAUCGUCACGCGCUACAUCCCCAAAUUGGAGAAGCCUUUCCUGCUUGCUUGGAAUCAGCACGUGACCGGAUCUUCCUUCAGCAACCUCUCUGCAACGGAGCUAUACCGGCAAGCCAGGGCCAAGGGGAUGGAGCUGGCUGAGAUCCCAGCAGUUGCGGAGCCCGACGGAAUUCUGUACCCUUCAGUCUUCAACAACGGGACGACUGCUCCUUCAAUUGCCAUGGUGUGUGACGUCUUCGUGUGCUCUAUGUGGAAAGCGGGCGGUGUCUUCAAGGCGAUUGAUAACGAUUUCAGUUGCAUUGAGCAGACCAACGUUGAUGUGUAUGACCUCAACGUGCUGGAGGCCCCAUCGGUCCGGAAAGAAGCCUGCGUUAGCGCAGAUCCGGAGAACCCGCUAUGCCAGUUGCGCCUUUGCUGGAUUUGGAGUGAAGCUGUUGAGUUCAAGGCGAGGGCAUUGGGAUCUAGGAUUCCAACGCGACGGUGUUGCAGUUUUUAG